UUAAUGAUUUAAUUGGAUUUAUCAGUGAUAACUAUUCGUCAACGGGGAAUUCCAAUUGUGGAGGCAGUGAAGGGGGGAAUAUGGGUGUGCCGAAUUACAGAAGAGCCAGUUACAGUGCGAAUGAAUCACGCAGUAACCCAGAAAUUGGCCGACGUCGAGAUACGUUGUCAAGUGUUGGCGGUAAGCCUUCGCAUCGACGUGCUAAGCUUGGCUUAGCUGUGUGCAUCACUAUGAGUGAGUCUUUUGAAGAGGAGAUGGAACUAUUUUGUAGUGAGCACAUAGCUUUGCUAGAAUCGAUGUUGAGUCGGUUGCGCGCUUGUACGGAGCGAGCAUACAUUAAUCAUAAAGAAUUUUACCAGAUUAUGUUUCAAGCAUGGCUGGAGACACAACAGUGGUUUAGCGAUUUGUUCACUGCACCUCGCAUCAAAUGCCCUAUUUGGCUAAGUAUAACCACCAGCGGCAACAAGUAUUCAAAGAGCGUUGCAGAAAAAUUUAUGAAAGAAUUGUGUUGGCUGCUUACAUUUGCUGAUACUAAGGAUACUAAUUUUUUUAUCAGCACUAUGUUGACGGCCAUUUUAACACACCAUCUGGGAUGGGUAUCCACAGUUGCCGCAUUUAAUUCCAUAUCUGCCGUGACUGAGUCAUCUACAGCAGCGAUAGAACAACGCGCCAAACUUCUACAAGUCUCACAGAAACACCCCUAUAAUGCCCUGUGGGCACAAAUGGGGGACCUAUAUGGAGCUAUUGGACUGCCACCACGAUUAGCGCGGACGGUUAUAUAUGGGACAGAAAAAUUAGCAGUGGAAAGAUUACUUAACAUACUCACCUAUUUCAUACGAUGUGGGGAAGUGAGACGUUCUGCUAAGCGUGAAGACUUUAACAAGGAUACACUUAAUUCUCUGCUUCAAAAGCGAAAAAAUGAAGUAUUAAAGAAAUGUAGCAACGGUUCAUAUCAACGUGGCUCUAAUCUCAAAAAGGCAUCUCUCUCUGGCGACAUAAACGAUGGCGGGGGGCUUAAACGUACACACACUUGUAAACAAAAUUUAAACACUAUAUCAGAUAGUGGAGAAUUAUCAGAAGAGACGAUAGGGGAAGAAGAGAAAAGCAGUGAUGAGGAGAUGGAUGGUGCCCAAGUUGUCCGUACUUUAAAAAAGAAUGAAAUUCCCAAUGUACUGGCGUUUAGAGAUUCUCGCUUUGUUCAACAAGAAUUGCGAAUUGGCAAUUACCUAAUGGACACAGGCAUUGAAAAAAAAUCAUUGUUAAAAAUUGGAACAUCUCAAAACAGCAGUAACAGUAUGUCUCUAGCAGAGAAAGAGGGGAAAAUACGAGUUUUAAUUACAACACCAGAUAAUGAAGAACUGUGUAUAGAAGAUGAAAGUUCACUCGGUGGUGGCAGUACAAGUGAAGAAGGUGCUGUAGAAGCCAUAGAAAUAGAUACUGGUAUUGAAGGACACUACACAUUAGCGGACGAAGGGGUUGUGGAUACAGGAAAGAGACACUUUUUCUGGCAAGUUGUAAAAGAAGGUGUCAGCCUAAAGCAGCUACAAUGCGGAGAGAAAGCAUUGAAUAUGUCAUAUUCUGGUGACGGUGUUCAAUUACGACGGCAAAUGGAAUUAGAUGAACCCAUGACUAAUCUGUCGCUUUCAGAUCUAAUUACACAAAAUAGCAUGGGAAAGACUGAUCGUAUGACAUGGGGCAUAGAGCCGCGUCGCGAAAAUGUGUGUUUAGAAGAAGAAAUUCACUUUGAUAAUUGUCAGAAGAAUCGUGCCAAUGGAAAUGCAAAUUCUAUAGGAGGUGUUGUAUUUAUGUUAGGCGAAAAUGAGCCCCUUGUUAACAUUAAGAAAAGCAACGAAGAUCUUAUAACAGCUAUUGAAAAAGAGGAUACAAAAAAAACACACGCGGAUGACUCUAAUACCGGCAGCACUCAACAACUUUGUCCUUUACAUCAACGUACACACGGCCCAACAUCAAAGCGACACUCGGGCGUUAAGUUUAACUUUGAACAGUUUCCGCAAAUCGCCACUAACUACAUGAAAAGCAAAAAUUUAGUGUUAUCCAACUAUGACCUGUUAAUGGACAAGAGCAAUAAAUUUAAAACACAAGGUGGUGGUGUAACGUUAGAAAGUUUAACUUCAGAUUGUUCGUCAUCUGCUUCGACAGCUAUUGAAAGUACACCAGAUAAUUCUACGGAAUGUAUGGUUUGCAAUAGCAUACUUAACUCAUAUCAAACGCCCUCCAACGCUACUGAAUUGGAGUUUGAAACAGAUGAGAUACGUUCUCCACAUUGUCAACAAUCAGCGACCAAAGUAUUGAGGAGUCCGACAACACACAUGCCAUCGAUUAGCACACGCACUUUACAGCCUAUCGGCUCAGCUGCUUCAAUUGAUACACUGAAAGCUUCGUCUGUAGAUAAUUUUGCAGAACUUGAGCCUAAAUUGUGCUCACCGCCAUCUCCACCGGAGCGACAAAAGACGUACAACACAAAUACACGAAAAGUAUCCUCACACCGUGGUUCUAUCUCAUCUGUUGCUGCAAAGUGUGCGGCAGUAAAUGAAGCAUUACAUUUAGUGAAACUACCGGUACCCGGAAUCAGAGAUAUACCGCAAGAAGACGAAAUAAGUGCUGGAGAUGGCAUGAAAUUGCGAGCAGGUUUCGUACCGUCACUUUUUCUUAAUGUUAGUGAUCAUUACGUGUCUGAUAUGGUCUUACAGGGUACUUGUGCACCUCCAGAAAAAUGGCAGAUGUCACUUCGAGAAGAUCUGGCUUUAUCAGCUCGUGCUGCAUCGCUAAUUUCAUUGUCUGCUGAGAAUGUGGCUAUCGUAGCGGAUAUGGAAAAGUGGGAUGUACGGUUGAUUUCGUCACAACUUCAACAUUUUCCGUAUGUAGGCGAACAAAGUACUCCAGUGGGAAUGUCGCAAUUAGUUUCUAAUAUGCUCGAAACUGUGCAUGCAAUGAAUAACGCUGGAAUUUCCGCGUAUGAGUGUUUGGCAUUUCUGGAAUCGAAAAUGCAAGAAAUAUUUCUCCAAUCGGAAUCGUUAGCCGCCUUUCUACUCGAAACAGAAUUUUGCCAGUUAAGUACUGUAACAACAGCACUUAAUCUUAGUGAAAACGAUAUUCCAUUGCUAUUAUCGAUUGCAUCCAUUCAUACACCUCAAAUAGCUAAAAAGUGUGGAAUUAGCUUCCGGUGACAAGCUAUCAUUCUAAAAUGUUUUCAGUUCGGGUGAGGUACUUUAAGAAGUCAUGCAACGCUCAAUUUAAUACUCUUAGUAAAAAUGAUAUUUUCCUCACAUUCAUUUUCGUUUUUGUUUUUAAAAACAAUGAAUUGCUUGACAGGUUAGAUCAUUUGUAUGAUCUUGUGAUAUGUUUAUUAUGUACAUAUAUUUAUAUUAGGCAAAUACGAUUAGCGUAGAUUAUUUAUUUAUAAAAAAUCACAUUCACAUUCAUAAUUCGAUGAUUACAGAGAUUUUGUAAUUACUACAAAUUCCAAUGCGAAAUGUGUGAUAAAUAUAUAUGUAUAUGUAGAUGUAAUUUCUUACCAUAGUAAAUAUUGUAUAAAACUAAGAAUUUAAAUUGCUUGUGUCGAUAUUAAUGAAAGUUAAUUUUAAUUAAUUUAUUGCAAUUGUCAAAAUUGUGGGCAUAGACUAUAAGGUUCAAUAGCUCUAACAAGGCUAUAAUAACUAUUCAAGAAUAAUGUGACAUUUGAAUUUUCAUAGGCUAAUACCACAAUUCAAGACGUCAAAUAUAUGUACUUUGUUUCAUAGCUACCAAAAUGGGUUAAUAUAAGUAUGAAUAGGACUUUAGUCCAAGAAAGAAAUGUAUUGAUUUUCAAUAUACAUUAUUGAAUAUAUUUUUGAUAAAAAAAUAAAA